AUGAGUGCCGAACACGCAACAACUGAAGCGAUGGAAGCCCCAAAGGGAGUGGAGUUCUCAACUUUGAAUGAACCGGAUGGAUCAGGUUGGUCACAAGUGUGGAAGGAUACAGGUAUUGUAUAUCUGAGUGGAGCAUUCGUUGGUGCUACAUCAGGUGCAUUCAGUGGUAUCCGCGAAGCAGGUGUACAGAAGGGUUUCAAGCCACGCAUGAACGCAGUGCUCGAUCAUACAGGCAGUGGAGCUGCCAGACUUGCAAACAACGGUGCUGCCAUGGCACUCACAUUCGGUCUACUUCGCAAGUGUCUCUCAAUCAGUACAGGUCUAGACGAUAAUAGUAUAUUUUGUUCAGUUACAUCAGGUGCCAUGGUUGGUGCCGUCGUCAAAGCGCCAGGUGGUUAUGUAAAGUCAGCGAUUGGAGCAUCGAUAGGUGGAGUCAUUGGUCUGUUCUCAUCACUUGGUCAAGCCAGACGUCCACAAUAUAGAUAA